AUGGCGGACCCGGCAGAGACUACCAUCAAGGUGGUGUGUCGUUUCAGGCCGCUGAACAGCUCGGAAGUGGCUCGGGGAGACAAGUACAUCCCCAAGUUUCAGGGGGAGGACUGUGUGCAGAUCGGGGGUAAACCGUACUACUUUGACCGAGUCUUCCAGUCCAACACAACUCAGGUUCAGUUCUACAACGCUGUGGCUCAGAAGAUCGUCAAAGAUGUUCUGGAGGGAUACAAUGGGACAAUAUUUGCUUAUGGGCAGACAUCUUCUGGAAAAACACACACAAUGGAGGGGAAACUUCAUGACCCAGACAUGAUGGGAAUCAUUCCUAGAAUUGUACAAGAUAUCUUCAACUACAUUUAUUCCAUGGAUGAGAACCUGGAGUUUCACAUCAAAGUUUCAUACUUUGAGAUCUAUUUGGACAAAAUUAAGGACUUGUUGGAUGUGUCAAAGGUCAACCUUUCUGUACAUGAGGACAAGAACAGGGUGCCCUAUGUCAAGGGGUGUACUGAGCGUUUUGUUUGCAGUCCUGAGGAGGUCAUGGACGCCAUAGACGACGGCAAAAACAACAGACACGUGGCUGUCACAAACAUGAACGAGCACAGCUCCAGAAGCCACAGCAUCUUCCUCAUCAACAUCAAGCAGGAAAACACUCAGACUGAGCAGAAACUUACAGGGAAGCUGUACCUCGUUGAUCUGGCCGGCAGUGAAAAAGUGGGCAAAACUGGAGCAGAGGGCACGGUGCUGGAUGAAGCUAAGAUGAUAAACAAGUCCUUAUCUUCGCUGGGAAACGUCAUCUCGGCUCUGGCGGAGGGCUCGAGCUACGUACCGUACAGAGACAGUAAGAUGACCCGGAUCCUGCAGGACUCGCUGGGAGGAAACUGUCGGACAACCAUGGUCAUCUGCUGCUCCCCUUCCUCUUUCAAUGAUGCAGAGACCAGGUCUACACUGCUGUUUGGACAGAGAGCAAAGACCAUUAAGAACACAGUGACUCUGAAUGUGGAGCUGACUGCAGAGCAGUGGAAGAACAAGUGGGAGAAAGAGAAGGAAAAAAACAAGACCCUGAAAAACACCGUGACCCGGCUGGAGAACGAGCUGAACCGCUGGAGGAGUGGAGAAAGUGUGCCAGUGGAUGAGCAGUUUGACAAGGAGAAGGCCAAAGCAGAGGUGCAGGCUUUGGACAGUGCACUGAACAACGACAAGACAGCACCCACACCGGUCCUCAGCACCCUGCCUGGAGUCAAACUCACAGAUGCAGAGAAGGAGAAGUGUGAGGCAGAGAUGGCCAAACUCUACAAACAGCUGGACGACAAGGAUGAAGAGAUCAACCAACAAUCUCAGCUGGUGGAGACGCUGAAGCAGCAGAUGCUGGACCAGGAGGAGUUGUUAGGUUCUUCUCGCCGUGACCACGACACCCUUCAGACCGAGCUGAACCGGCUCCUGGCCGAGAACGAAGCCUCCAAAGAGGAGGUGAAGGAGGUGCUGCAGGCACUGGAGGAGCUGGCCGUCAACUACGACCAGAAGAGCCAGGAAGUGGAGGUCAAAACUAAGGAGUUUGAGGCUCUGAGUGAGGAGCUGAACCAGAAGUCUAGCUCCUUGGCGUCUAUCGACUCUGAGCUUCAGAAGCUGAAGGAGAUGACCAACCACCAGAAGAAGAGGGUCACUGAGAUGAUGUCGUCUUUACUUAAAGACCUGGCUGAGAUUGGCAUUGCUGUGGGCAGCAAUGACAUCAAGCAGGAAAGCAGCGGUCUGAUUGAUGAAGAGUUCACCGUGGCCCGACUCUACAUCAGCAAGAUGAAGUCGGAGGUGAAGACCAUGGUGAAGCGCAGCAAACAGCUGGAGAGCACGCAGGCCGAGAGCGCACAGAAGCUGGAUGAGGCCGAGGGGGAGCUGACUGCCUGCCGGCUCCGCAUCUCCCAGCAUGAAGCUAAAAUCAAGUCCCUGACAGACUGCCUGCAGAAUGUGGAGCAGAAGAAAAGACAACUGGAGGAAAAUGUGGACUCUUUAAAUGAGGAGAUAGUAAGGAUCAAAGCUCAAGAGAAAGUGAACACCAUGGAAAAGGACAAUGAGAUCCAGUCUGCUAAUGAAGUGAAGGAAGCUGUGGAGAAGCAGAUCCAGUCUCACAGAGAGGCCCAUCAGAAGCAGAUCAGCAACCUGAGAGAUGAGCUGGACAGCAAGGAGAAGCUCAUCACGGAGCUGCAGGACCUGAACCAGGAGAUCACGCUGGAGCAGGAGAGGCUGAAAGUGGAGCACGAAAAGCUCAAGGCUGCCGACCAGGAUAAGAGCCGCCAGCUGCAAGAGCUCAUGGUGCUGCAGGACAGACGCGAGCAGGCCCGGCAGGACCUGAAAGGACUGGAGGAGACUGUGGCUCGGGAGCUGCAGACCCUUCACAACCUGCGGAGGCUCUUUGUCCAGGAUUUAGCCACAAGGGUCAAAAAGAAUGCUCAAGACUCCGAUGACACAGAGGGCAGCGCUGGCCAGAAACAGAAGAUCUUCUUCCUGGAGAGCAAUCUGGAGCAGCUAACCAAAGUUCACAAGCAGCUGGUGCGAGACAAUGCUGACCUUCGCUGUGAGAUCCCGAAACUAGAGAAACGCCUGCGAGCCACAGCUGAGCGGGUCAAAGCCCUGGAGGCUGCUCUGAAGGAAGCUAAAGAAAAUGCAGCCCGCGACCGGAAGCAAUACCAACAAGAGGUGGAGCGCAUUAAGGAUGCCGUCAAGCCCAAAAACAUGGGCAGGAGACCAUCUGCAGUCAUAGCCAAACCCAUCAGACCCGGACAGCUGCCGGGAGCUUCUCCACUGAUCGGCCUCAACAGGUCCAACCUUAUCCAGUCCAUUAGAGGAGGAGGAGGAGGGGAUGAAAGCAGUUAAGGAUGCUGACAGACACCCAAACAUGUAGCCAAGGCCCCCGAUCAGCACCUGCUCCGGAGCUCCACCUGGAAUCACAGAACAAAUCUUCUGAUGUCCAGAGCUGUAUAUUCUGUAUAUAAGCUGCAGCUAAAGCCGUGCAUCUCCUCUCUAAGUAAACAAAACGAGUGGCUGUGUGUUUUUUUGCUGUUGUUUUUUUGCUGUCAGCAGCUUAGAAAGAUGCUUUUAUCAGACCUUGAUGGAACAACCAAAGCUAGCCUCUGAAAACAAGGCUGAACUGUGGCCUUGAUGUUCUAAUCUCUGUUUCCCAGAAGACUCCUGGUUGACUGGUCAAAAUACAAACCCAGUUACAAAAAUGUUGGGACACUGUGUAAAAUGCAAAAAAUAAUUAACAUAAACAGCAUCUCAGAGGUUGAAACUGAGACAUUUCAUUAAAAAUAUGAGCUCAUUUAGAAUCUGAUUGCAGCAACACAUCUCUAAAAUGUUGAAACAGGAGCAGCAAAAAGCUGGAAAAGUAACUGGUACAAACCAGAAACACCUGGAGGAGCAUCUGACUACUAACCAGGUUACCUGGCAGCAGGU